UCUCAGGUCUCUCUGGCCCUUGGUCUCCUGGUGGUGACCUCUGGUCUGGUCAGUCUGUCCGUGGGUUACUCCGGCCCCUCCAGGAUCGAGUCCUUCAGGGAGCGGGGCCUCGUCUUCAUAGACACCCAGGCUGUCAGCUUUAACAGGGGUCUGCAUCACUGCGUGGCGGCCGGGAUCGGUCUCACCUGCCUGGGAACGGGUCUGACCGUGGCGGGCCUCCUUUUCUGGUCCUUCUCUAGGAGCCGAUUGAAAGAGAGGCUAUAUCGGAGAGAGAGUGAGAAGGGAGGGGAGAUGGGGAUGGCUGUUAUGAAGGCCCCUGGAGCAGGGGAUGGGAAGGUGCCUGCCACCCUGUCCAAAGUGGAAACGGUACAGCCAUCAGGAAGAGAAUCCCCAUAGGGUGACCACUGGUUUUACACGGUCUUUAUGUGGUGCACAUGUGUCCUCUUUUAAAAUGAGCUGAAUUUUGUCAAAUCACAUAUGUUGAAAUGUCUAUAAGCUAUUUGAAURGUGGUCUUGAUAAGGAGGGAUUUGGUACAACUCUCAUACAUUUGUUCUUUGAAUUUACUCGUCAAUGAAUUUUGCAUCGUAUUCCACCUCACUGUUWUAAAAUAUAAGAAAUGUACUUUUCUCAUGUCAUUUUAGAACAAAUGGGAAGACCUAUUUGAAUUUUACUCAAUUCAAUAACACUCUUUCUCCUAAGAGGAAUUUUGUGUUGGGUAAAGCAAUCCGUGUGGAAUUGAAUACAUACAAUGCAUACAUGAAUAUACUGUAUUAUCACAUGAUUUAUAGCGGGUGUGUUUACCCACAUGCGUAAACACUCCCGCCCCAUUGAGCAUCACACCCAUUACCUGUAUUCUUGGUCUCCAGGCAACCUGUAUGUGUUCUAUUUUCACGCACCCGAACCAACAACCUUCUCUCUAAUUGGUCAAUUUAUUCCAAGCUCUUAUUGGCCAUCAAUGCAUGUCCCUGUUCUUCAGCUGCACUGAUGUGAACACCUGGACAGGUAGAAGCAAUGUAGGGGAAAGCGUACUGGGAACUUGCUUACACUUGUCGAAUUCUUUGUCAAUGUAGUGUAGAUGAAGGGAAGGAGAGGAGGAAAGGAAACAGCUGAAGACCAUUGAGAUACAGCCUGUAUGAAGUGUCUAAGUUCAACUGUCAUGAGGAACCUUGUUAACAUUUCACUCAACAUGAUGUGGAGUGAAGUGAAUAGGUAUAGUAUAGUAUAACUGCAUAGUAUAUACCUGUAUAGCAUAUACCUGUA